UCCUCCUUUUGAGAAAAAUCUUAAGGCAAUGACUUCUCUUUCAAUGGCCUAUACACCUUUGUCCAUCAUUCUCUUCCUCUUCAUUGGGAGCUCCUCAGCUCAUCUCUCAACAAACUUUUAUUCAUCGUCAUGCCCGAAAGUCUUUAGCACAAUUAAACCAGUCCUUCAGUCUGCGAUUGCGAAGGAGAAGAGGAUGGGUGCCUCCAUUCUUCGCCUCUUCUUCCAUGAUUGUUUCGUUAAUGGUUGUGAUGGGUCGAUACUCUUGGCUGACACUGCCAACUUCAGAGGAGAGCAGCAUGCUGGACCUAACAAUGGAUCCGUCAGAGGGUUUAAGGUUAUAGACAAGAUCAAGACUGCAGUAGAAAACGCAUGCCCUGGUGUCGUAUCAUGUGCCGAUAUCUUGGCCGUUGCCGCAAGAGACUCGGUCGUAAUCCUUGGAGGGCCUGAUUGGAAAGUGAAGCUAGGGAGGAGGGAUGCAAGAACAGCCAGCGCGACUUUAGCUAACAACAACAUUCCACCUCCAACCUCAAGCCUCUCAAAUCUCAUCUCUAAGUUCGCAGCGCAGGGUCUUUCGACUAAGGAUAUGGUCGCACUCUCUGGUGCACACACUAUAGGGCAGGCGAGAUGCACAAGCUUCAGAGGACACAUCUACAACGAUGCGGACAUCGACGCUUCCUUCGCUUCCUUAAGGCAAAAGAUUUGCCCACGAAAGAGCGGGUCGGGUGACACCAACCUGGCUCCAUUGGAUCUCCAAACUCCGACUGCAUUCGAUAACAACUACUACAAGAACCUCAUCAACAAAAAGGGAUUGCUGCACUCAGACCAAGAGUUAUUCAACAAUGGAGCAACCGAUUCUCUGGUGAAGAGCUACAGCAACAGUGAAGGCAGUUUUAACUCUGAUUUUGUUAAGGCCAUGAUCAAGAUGGGAGAUAUUAGCCCCCUCACUGGGUCUAAAGGAGAGAUUAGGAAGAUUUGCAGCAAGAUUAAUUGAUUAAAUGGGAGAAGCUAAUGUACGUGAUUAGUGUGCUGUGCUGUAGUUGUCUUUAGGAGGUCUAUAUCAUCUUGUUUCUUAUAGAAUUGAGGUUUCUCAGGUUGAAUAUUUAUGUUGAGACGCGAUGAGUUCUGAAAUUGAGCUUAAAAUAUAUACGCAAUGUUGCCAAUUUCCUGUUCUUUAAAAGAAAGUGAAAAUAAUAAAGAUAUUUAUAUGUGUUGAUCCU